UGACUCUGUGCGACCCCAUAGACAGCAGCCCGCCAGGCUCCCUCCUCCCUGGGAUUCUCCAGGCAAGAGUACUGGAGUGGGGUGCCAUUGCCUUCUCUGAGAAAGGGGCACCGUGACAUUCAUAAGUGUUCCCAGGAGGUGCCAAAGAAGCAGUGGUAAUGCCAUCUGAUAGCUUAGUGGGGGAAACUUGCUGAAAGGAAUAAGGUUACUUUUUCUCUAAUUUUUUUCUGAUCUGGGUGUCUCAGUUUCCCUUCCAGUAUUAACAUGAUGGAAAAGAGAAUGUAGAUGUUCCAUGAAGCAAAGGAAUCAGUCUGCAUAAGAAGAUGAAGGGACAGAGCAGUUGUCCCUCAUCUCACUGAGCAUAAGAAACUGGAAUGAUCUAUUAAAAUGUAGAGAAAGUCAAAUACCCCCAUUUAUAAAAGUCAAAUACCCACCUUUAUAAAGGUGGGACAGGAAGUGCACAGAUUAUGUAUUGGAUAACAUCAAAGCUUCUUUUAGCAAAUGCAUUGCCCUUGGGGAGAAGAUCCACUCAUUGGUUUUGUACCAAACCUGACAAGGCCUCAGUUAUCAGGUGGCCCAGGAGGAUGUCACAAGUAGGAGAAAAGCUGUUCCCAGAGCAAAUAAUGAUGAGCCCUGUGAAGGCGCAUGCAUGCUUGUACCCACAUGUGGAGGUUUUACAGGGGACUAAGAGGUCUGUGAAAGAGAGUUCCAAUAAGAGUAAGAAAUCCAGCCCACAGAUGGGCAGUCUUAAUCCUGAGAGUGCUCGCCAGCACUUCCGGAGCUUCUGUUAUCAUGACGCACCUGGACCGUAUGAGGCCGUCAGCCAACUGCAGGAAUUAUGCUCUCAGUGGCUGAGGCCAGAGAUCCACUCAAAAGAGCAAAUCUUGGAAUUGCUGGUGCUGGAGCAGUUCCUGGACGUUCUGCCCAGUCAUAUCCAGAACUGGGUGCAGAAGUAUCAUCCACAGAACGUCAAAGAGGCUGUGGCCCUGGUAGACCGCUUUCAGAGAGAAUCUGGUGGAAUAAGCAAUGAGGUCACAGCCCAUGAACUGGGAAAUGACACAGCGCUCUUGGGAGGAACAGAAGUGGCCCCAGGCUUUAAGUGGAAGCCAGCAGAGCCCCAACCAAUGGGUGUGUUCCAGGAAGAAUGUUCGAAUAUAUACCAGGUACUGCAGGAGCCGGGCUGGAAUACUCAGAAAGAAAGCCAGCCUGUGGAUGAAGGAGCUGUGCCUGCUGAAGAGAGUCCAACCUUUUCUAAACAGAAAAGCACCCCAAGCUGGAACAUGAUAUCUGAGCUCACCUUGCCUGAGUCCCUGAGUCCAUUGACAUUUGAAGAUGUGGCCUUGUAUUUUUCCAAGGAAGAAUGGAAAAUAAUGACCCCUGAUCAGAAGACCCUCUACCUUGAUGUAAUGCAGGAUGUCUAUGAGGAUGUCGCCUCUGUAGGGUUAAACCUCAAAAAUGACACUGGAAAUGACCCACCUGUAUCUCUUCCUACAUUAGAGAUACAACCAUCAGGAUGCGAAGUAUUAAGAAAGGCCACCAUGAAAGAUGCUGAGACAACGAUGGGCGAUGUAAAUCAUGGUGGUACAUGCAGGGUAUGGAAACGACCUCGUGCUUUUCCAGGAAGGAAAAGAAAGAAACUUAGAACUUGUAAACAAGAGCUUCCAAAACCUGUUGAUGUUCAUGGGAAAGGCUGUGAGGGAGAGAAACCUUUUAAAUGUCAGGAAUGUGGAAAAAGCUUCAGAGUUAGCUCUGACCUUAUUAAACAUCAGAGGGUUCAUACCGAAGAGAGACCCUAUAAAUGUGAACAAUGUGAUAAGCAGUUUAGAUGGAGUUCAGAUCUUAAUAAGCACUUAAUGGCACACCAAGGAAUUAAACCAUAUAGAUGCUCAUGGUGUGGAAAAAGCUUUAGUCAUAACACAAAUCUACACACACACCUAAGAAUUCACACUGGAGAGAAGCCCUUUAAAUGUUAUGAAUGUGGGAAAAGAUUCAUUCAGAACUCCCACCUUAUUAAACACCAGAGAACCCACACAGGUGAGCAGCCUUAUACCUGUAGCAUAUGCAACAGAAAUUUUAGCAGGCGUUCAAGCCUUCUUAGACACCAGAAAGUCCACAAGAGAAGGGAAUCAUGUCCAGUGUCUCCAGUCUGAAGAAAGUCACCAUUUAGAGCUAGAUCCUGGAUGUGAUGAGAGUGCAUAAUGUUGAGAUGGCCAGUAACAGUGUUUUUAGAAGGGGCACAUGGAAUGUUUCACAAAAAGGAAUCUAAACUCUCUGUUUUAUGCUUGUAUCUUUUAGCUUUGUAUUUUCAGUGCCUACCAGCAAUACCUGGAAAAUUCUUUAUAAAUAAAAGAGUGGAAUCAUUCUUGUA